UAUCCCGCCUGUUUCGCCACUUCCUCCACGUGGCCUCGUUCCCGCCCGGAAAGGACAUUUGUCAACAGUGUUGUGUGUAAAUCGCCGUGUCUGUUGUGUGUCUUUCUCAUUCCGUCCUCAUAACACUUCAUCUCCAGAAUGGCGGUAAAUAAGGAUGACUCGACUGUAACCCUCGGCGAUAUUCUUGCAGACGAGGAUGAGCUGAGGGAGGCUUUGUGUGUGCUGGCUGGAAGCGACCCUGAAAAUUGUUCUUACUCCCAGGGCUAUGUGAAGAGACAGGCUGUGUUUGCCUGCAGCACUUGCACUCCUAGUGGUGCAGAACCUGCUGGGCUUUGCCUCGCCUGUGCCAACAAAUGCCACGAUGGUCAUAAUAUCUUUGAGCUGUAUACCAAAAGAAAUUUUCGCUGUGAUUGUGGAAAUGACAAGUUUGGGGACUUCCAGUGCCAGCUGAUCCCUACAAAAGAGAGCCAAAAUGUUAAGAACCAGUAUAAUCACAACUUCCAUGGCACCUACUGCUCAUGUGACCGUCCGUACCCAGACACAGAUGAUCAGGUCAAUGAUGAGAUGAUUCAGUGCAUCAUCUGUGAGGAUUGGUUUCAUACCAGGCACCUGGGUUGCACUGUGGUGGAGUCUGAGGAGCUGCAGGAGAUGGUGUGUGAUGCCUGCAUGAACAAGGCGCCUUUCCUGUGGACGUAUGCUGCUCACAUCGCAGCACCGCCUGUGAUCAAAGUCAGUCAUCAUGAGGAGGAGGUGGAGGUCAAUGUUGAGGAAAAAGGAGAGGAGGAAGCGAAGAGGUGUGACCCUUGUGAGCAUGGGGCUGAAGGAUCUUCCUCCAGUGCUGACUCUAACACGCAGGAGAAGGAGACUGCAAACAGAAGAUCUCCCUGCAAACGGGCUCACCAGGAGAUGACAGGCAGCUCUGCAAAGUCCAAAAGUGGAGCAUGCAGGCUGAAGGAGCUGCAAGCCCGGGGGCUGGAGCGGCCCAGGGAGGGAGCUGUGUUCUGGCCUUACAGUUGGCGCUCUGAGCUCUGCACCUGUGUCAGCUGCAAGAGGGCGUACGUGGACGUGGGGGUGCAGUUUCUCCUGGAUGAGUCGGACACUGUUCUGGCCUAUGAGAACCGAGGCAGGACGGAGCCAUUCGGGCAGGACCCGCUGAUGUCAUUCUUGAGCUCAAUGGACCAUGUGCAGCAGCUGGAGAUGAUUUACCAUUACAACGACCUGAAAACGGAGCUCCUGGCAUUCUUACAGCAGUUUGCCAUCGAAGGGAAGGUGGUCACGGCCGAAGCCAUACAGCAGUUCUUUGAGGGGCUGCAGUCAAGAAAACGACGCCGAACAAAUGCAGGGUACCAGUAACAUGGAGGCGGUGCUGCUACCCUCCACUGCUUGGUUCAUAUGGUGCUCCCUGAAUAAACAUGCAACUUAGAAGAUCACCUUUUACUCCUGCUGAAUUUUAAGGACAGUGUGCUGCUACCAAUAUGACCCUAAAGCUUGAACAACAAGAGUUAUAAGUAACUUCCAUGUGUUGGUGUUAGGUGUUACUCAGCAGGAUGAAGGAUGUCUGGAUUGAGUUCCAAAUCGUGUUUCAUCUGUUGACAUGUUCAUUAUUUCCAGUGGUUCAUAAUGAUGCCUUAACACUGAAGCUCAUGAUGAAGAUGCAUUAUCAUUGUUACUUGAAACAUUUGUCAGUGUUGCACUUUAAAAAAAAAAAGAUAGUUGACAGAGUAAUAAGCACUGUAUGCUUGUAAGUGUCAUGAGAGAAUUAUUUCACAUGAACAUGCUGCUGUCAACCGUGUGUGUUCCAGUCAAUGUGUGAAGUGUGUGCUUUUAUAUUGCAAUCAGGUUUUCUGAUGUUGACCUGCACAGUAAACUUGAAGUAUUGAUGUAAGGAAAGGUAGUUUUUGUGGAAUGGCGAUUCCAAACAAUAAUAAAGUAAUUACAUGUUUCUAAUGCAGAAAAUAACCCAAAUGAAAUCGAUGGAAUUCUGUAAUAUCAAACCAGUUUAUUUUGAGGAUGCCCAAGUUUACCACUGUUAUGCACCUUUUGAGGCGACAGUAGAAAAAUAGAUUCAGUGAAACUAAAUGCAACUUAAUAUCAAUCUACAAAAGUGUUGGUAUGAUACCAUACAAGUACAAUGUACCUGUUAUAAAUUCAACACAAGCAAUUACACAUUUCAGAUGGUUCAAUUUCAAAGGUGCUAAAUAAUAAUACUAUGUACACAAAACAAGCUACAUGAGUUUUCAAAGAACUAUUUGAUGCAGGCUGGUAAGCUGGUAGAAAAGAGCUUGCAUAGACAUCAAAGUCAUUUCUCCAAUAAAAGCCCAGCCGCAGGCGGGGGAAGGCACUGACUUCUCUACAGCAAAGAGCAAAACAAGGACUUUUAUUCAAUGGAACACUGUCCUGGAAAAUAAAACAACUACCCAACAUGAACAUGGGGAGGAAUCUGGAGUUUUGCAUUUUUUCCCCAUGAAGCAAGCUAGAUGGAAAAAUGAUUUUUCUGCCCGGCAACUUCAUAACUGCUAAGCAGGGAGCUAAUACCUUCAGAUCCUCUACAUAUUCCUGUUACUUUUAAAGUAAAGAAAAUUAGG